AUGGCUUUCAAGCAGAUUCGACACCGAGCAUCACUCUUUAGGCCCUGGGCUUUUGGCGAUAAUCAUAUAUUGAAACAACAAAAGGAGGAAACUGUUUCUCAACUGGCCUCAUUACCAGAACGUCCUGAACUUAAGUUAGUGAAAGACAAUUACAGGCAUGAAAAUGCCAAUCUGCAAAGAUUGGACAGGAUAUCAAACACGCAUAUCCCUUGUCCAUGGGAAAUAUCAACAGAACUAUCCUUCCCAGUGACUUCAAACAUAUCUCAGCUAUUAGAACCACCAAGCACUUCCAAAUGGAAAACGAAAAAACAGAGACCGAAACGAUUUCAGUGCCCUCAUUGCCAAGUCUCCUUCAGCAAUAAUGGACAAUUACGGGGACACAUAAGGAUCCAUACAGGUGAACGGCCGUUCGCAUGCGAGCACCGCGGCUGCGGGAAGACCUUCACGAGGAACGAGGAGUUGACUCGUCACAAGCGAAUCCACACCGGUGUCCGACCGCACUCGUGCAUGUUGUGCGGGAAGAGGUUUGGACGGAAAGACCACCUCAAAAAGCACGUCAAGACGCACCAACGUGCCAGCCUCGUACGCAUGCCCAUCACAGCCUUUCACGGACUUGCAUAUUUCGAUUGUGUGCCUUGGUUCUGA